CGGCAAGGAACGGUUAACCCCUGAUUUGAACCCUCCAUGUCUCUGCCAUCUCUUGCGUUUCCUCGACGAUCUCAGCCUUGCCGAUUUCCUGUUGCGAGAUGAUGGAGUCCACUGCUAGAUUAAGAUUAGUGAGCGGGAAUCGAGUGUCGCUGCCCUUGACAAGUGGGUUUGCGAAAUCGCAAAAACAAGCAAAUUAUCUGCCUACGUCUGGGAUAAACGAAGCCUCCGGGCCCCGAAAAUGCGCCCUUCACAGCAAACCGCCAAUCAAAUCGGUGUCUCCAUUUGUGACCCUUGGGAAGAGCCACAUCAACCCUGGCUGUCUCGGGGAAGAAGAUGACAAACUCCCCGACGUGACCGGUCCUGUGGAUGUCAAACGAGAACUCGUCAUGCUCUCUCUUCCGGCCAUUGCUGGCCAGGCUAUCGACCCGUUGACGCAGCUCAUGGAGACUGCCUACAUUGGAAGGCUCGGAUCUGUAGAGCUGGGUUCCGCUGCCGUUUCCAUGUCCAUCUUCAAUACCAUAUCGAAGCUCUUCAACAUUCCACUCCUCAGCGUUGCCACUUCUUUUGUCGCUGAAGAUAUUGCCAAGGUUGCCGCUCAAGACUUAGCCUCAGGGCAUGUUUCCCAAGGUGUAGCAGAAAGGAAACAGUUGUCUUCAGUCUCAACAGCGCUAGUCUUAGCCAUUGGAAUUGGCAUCUUCGAGUCACUGGCUUUGUCUUUGGCAUCCGGACCUUUUUUAAGGUUGAUGGGUGUACACCCUAUGUCAGAAAUGUUCAUCCCUGCGCGGCAGUUUCUUGUCCUUAGAGCGCUUGGCGCUCCUGCUUAUGUCGUUUCUUUAGCUCUUCAAGGCAUUUUCCGUGGAUUCAAGGAUACAAAAACUCCAGUCUAUUGUUUAGGUAUUGGUAAUUUCCUGGCUGUAUUUCUGUUCCCUUUGUUUAUUUACCAGUUCAGGAUGGGUGUAGCCGGAGCAGCUAUCUCUAGCGUCAUAUCCCAGUACACUGUUACCAUCUUAAUGAUUAUGCUUCUGAACAAAAGAGUUAUACUGCUUCCUCCAAAGAUGGGCUCACUAAAGUUUGGCGAUUACCUAAAAUCUGGGGGAUUUGUUCUUGGAAGAACUCUGUCAGUGCUCAUGACCAUGACUGUUGCCACAUCAAUGGCGGCUCGUCAAGGAGCAUUUGCAAUGGCAGCACACCAGAUAUGCAUGCAAGUGUGGUUGGCGGUAUCUAUGCUCACGGAUGCACUAGCUUCAUCUGGACAGGCCUUAAUCGCGAGUUCUGCAUCCAAAAGAGAUUUUGAGGAGGUGAAAGAGGUGACUACGUUUGUUCUGAAGGUAGGAGUGGUGACAGGGAUUGCGCUGGCUAUCGUGUUGGGGAUGUCAUUCAGUUCAAUAGCUGGGUUGUUUUCCAAGGACCCUGAAGUUCUGGGGAUUGUGAGAAAGGGUGCAUUGUUUGUAGCGGCAACGCAACCAAUCACAGCGCUGGCGUUCAUAUUUGAUGGACUGCACUAUGGCAUGUCGGACUUCCCAUACGCAGCUUGGUCGAUGAUGGUGGUGGGAGGGGUAGCAUCAGCGUUCAUGCUGUAUGCACCAGCAGGGUUGGGGCUAAGUGGAGUCUGGGUGGGACUGAGUAUGUUCAUGGGGUUGCGGAUGAUGGCUGGAUUCUGCAGGUUAAUGUGGAAGAAGGGUCCAUGGUGGUUCAUGCAUACAACAAGUCACAAGGGUGGUCAUUUGAUUAGAGAUCGUCGCCGAAGCAUGUCAUUGUCGAUGGAUCUGCCGGCGUCGUUUGUGGGCAACAGAUAUUGGGUCCUCCGACACGGCAAAAGCAUUCCCAACGAGAGAGGCCUCAUCGUCUCCUCAAUGGAACAUGGUGUGCUCCCCGAGUACCAAUUAGCGCCUGAUGGUGUCGCUCAGGCUCAGCUCGCUGGCCAAUCGUUCCUCAAGCAACUCGAGGAAAGCAACAUUUCACUGGACAAGGUCCGCAUUUGCUACUCCCCCUUCUCCAGAACCACUCACACCGCUAGGGUUGUCGCUCAGGUCCUCAAUCUCCCUUUUGAUGAUACUGCUCGCUGCAAGAUGAUGGAAUCUCUGCGAGAACGCUAUUUUGGACCUACAUUUGAACUCAAGUCACAUGACAAGUACCCUGAGAUAUGGGCUCUUGAUGAGAAUGAUCCAUUUAUGAGACCACAAGGAGGAGAAAGUGCUGAUGACGUUGUCUCCAGGCUUGCCACUGCCAUGGAGUCCAUGGAGGCAGAAUAUCAAAGGUGCGCAAUUCUGGUGGUGAGUCAUGGAGAUCCUCUGCAGAUGUUGCAGAACGUUUUCCAUUCGGCAAAGCAGCAGGGAGGAUGUGAUGGUUUAGCAGAGCGAUUUCACAAGAGCAGAGUUGCUUCCGUCUUGUCACAGCACCGCAAGUUUGCUUUGCUCACUGGGGAGCUCCGCCCCCUCCUC